CGCUAGCUGGCUAGUAUCACAGGUGUGUAGCUAACCAAAAGCUGUUCAACAAAUGGCGUCAUGUGACCUUCGCAGUGACGAAGUUAGCCGGAAGUGUCCAUAUACUUUUCUGUCACUAAAUUCACGGUGAUUAAAAUUGAUCGGUUAGUUGGUUUCAAAACCCACUAUAUAAAAUGGAAUAUAAUUUAGGCGCGCAAUCGUUUUUUGAUAGUGUUUUCAUCGCUUAUGUCCUAUCGUUUACAAUAUGGUGUGCUCUACGCCUAACUCCAAAUAGCAAUCUGACAUUUCGGAGGAGCCAUGAAAGCAGCACCAAGAAGGCGGUGUUUAACUGAGCUUUGAGUAUUGAAAAGACGGGAAACAAAACACUUCGACUUGGCAUUGGGAAAUUUACAGUAUUUUUUCUGUCGAAGAACCCAGCUUGCAAAGUGCCAAGCGUGUCGAAGGUUGGUGUCAACAUGAGUCCACCUGUCCGGAUCAUUGUAGUGGGAGCAGGCUGUCGAGGGAAUGUUUACUCCCGCUAUGCAAUUGUCCACCCUGACCGUGUGCAGGUUGUUGGAGUCGCUGAUCCCAAUAAGUUUGCCCGCACUAAGUUUCAGCAACUGUACAAAAUAGCGGACGAGAACCUGUGUGAAGACUGGCGCACUUUGGUGCAAAAAGACAAGUGUGCAGAUGCUGUCUUAAUUUGCACUCCGGACCACCUUCAUAAGGAGCCUGCAGUGGCCUUUGCAAAGAAGGGAUACCAUCUUCUACUGGAGAAACCAAUGGCGACAAAGGUUGAAGACUGCCUGGAGAUUGUGAAGGUGUGCUCUCAGAACGGCGUGAUGGUGUGUGUGGGUCAUGUUCUACGUUAUCAUCCCCCAUUUCGCAAGAUAAAGGAGCUGUUAGAUGAUGGAGUCGUUGGCGAUGUGAUCCACAUUCAGCACUUAGAGCAGAUUGGCUUUUAUCACUUCGCUCACUCCUAUGUCCGUGGAAACUGGAGGAAUGAAGCCGAAAGCUGUUUCUCUCUUCUGGCCAAAUCAUGUCAUGACAUCGACUUAAUCCAUCACUGGGCUGGAGCACGCAAGUGUUUGAAAGUGACAUCAUUUGGAUCCGUCAGCCACUUCAGUAGAGAACACAAGCCAACAGGAGCUGCUGAUCGCUGCCUGGACUGUUCAGUAGAGGACACCUGUCCUUACUCUGCAAGCAAAAUCUACCUGGACAGAGUGAAGCAGGGCCACACUGGCUGGCCUGUGUCUGUCACAUGUCCCAACUCCCUCCCAGACAUCGAGACUGUAACUGAGGCUCUGAAGACUGGGCUGUAUGGCCGCUGUGUCUAUGAGUGUGAUAACGACGUCUGCAGUAACCAGGUUGUUAACAUGGAGUUUGCAGGUGGUCUGACAGCAGCCUUUUCGAUGAUUGCUUUCACUGAGGAACUCUGCCUUCGAAAAACAACAAUCUACGGCAGCAUGGGGGAGUUGUCGUUUUCAGACAAUGAGAUUCGCGUCUUCGAUUUUCUAACCCAGAAAAACACCAAAUACGUGGCAAAAGUGGAUGCCCCUGAGGGGUUUGGCUUGGCUGGACACGGUGAAGCAGAUUACCACCUUAUGGACUCCUUCAUUUCUGCUGUGACUAAUAAUGACCCAUCAUUGAUCAUUUCUGGUGCUGAGGAGUCACUGAGGAGCCACUUGCUGGUGUUUGAAGCGGAGCGUUCAAGACGGGAAGGCAGAGUCAUUGACAUUGACUACUCUGGAUGAUCUCUUAAACUGCAAUUGGGUGGAAUGUUAUUGAUUUACUUAGAUUACUUGGGAAUUGUGCAGGGGUGCCACCAUGGGAAAAAAAAAUCACAAUGGACCCCACUGGGCAGCUAUUGUCAAAACAUCUUGGAAUUGUCCAUGGGCCCUUGGAAUUGUCGAACUCCCCCAAUAUGGCGCCACUGCAUGGAGGCACUUAUAUUUCAGCUUGGUAAAAGUGAGUACACUACUCACAUUUCGCAAAUAUUUUACAAAACUUUGAACAUUGAUACAAAGUAGACUAUAAAGUAGUCAGUGUACAGCUUGGAUAACAGUGGAAAUUUGCUGUUCCCUCAAAAUAACUCAACACACAACCAUUAAUGUCUAAGCCGCUGGCAACAAAAGUGAGUAGAUCCCGGGGCCGGCUCUACACCGGGGCAAGGGAAGGAGGGGGGAUCAACCCUCCCCCCAAAUAAAUGGCAAAAUUUUAGAGGUGAAAACUCUGUCAGAAAAAGCCCAAGACAGCUCCCCUCAUCUCUCAUCCCCGUGGUUGCGCUACAUGUGUCUUCACAUCCAAGAUCCAAGUCAUUUCUAUAGCAUUUCGGUACAGCUUCAGCUCAGAUUCCAAACUAUUCUGACAUUCAUUCAACGUUUCAGUAUAUUUCCGCAGCAUUUCAGUCCAGCUUCAGCUUCCAAACAGAUGCUACGUUCACUCUAUAUUUCGAUUUCCGUACCUUUUGAAAGCAUUUCAAUUUCACUUCAGCUUUUCAGCAUUCACGCGCAAUGUCUAGAUGUCUUGCUCUACAUUACGAUUGCCAUCACCCUGAAACCGAGCUGCACCGCGGUGGCCAAGGCCAUAGAGCACUCAACAGGACAGCUUCCUCUCAGAAAAGGCCUUGCCAUGAGUACUGCCAGCAUUGUUGCAGAGAUUGAAGGGGUCGGGGGUCAGCCUGCCAGUGCCCAGACAAUAUGCCACACUCGACAUCAAAUUGGUCAGCAUGCUGUCAUCCCAGAAGGAAGCCUCUUCUAAAGAUGAUGCACAACAAAGCCUGCAAACAGUCUGCUGAAGAUGAUCAGACAAAGGACAUGGCCUACUGGAACCAUGUCCUUUGGUCUGAUGAGACCAAGAUAAAGAAAAGCAUUCCUGAGGCAGCCUGUGAAGCUCUACUGAACUCAAUGCCCUAGCGAGUUAAGGCAGUGUUAGAAGAUAAUGGUAUCCCCUGUAAAUAUUGACACUUAGGACACAAUUUGGACAUUUUCAUUUGGGGUGUACUCACUUUUGUUGGCUGCGGUUUUUACAUAAAUUGAUGUGUGCUGAGUUAUUUUGAGGGGACAUCAAAUUUACACUGUUAUACAAUUGGUACACUGACUACUUUACACAGUAAGUAUUGUUUUUUUCGUAUUAUCCCUUGAAAAUAUAUUAUAAAAUAUUUUCCAAAAUGUGAGCGGUGUCCUCCCUUUUGUGAGAUACUGUAACAGCAGUUUGUCCUUAUUUUUUAAUAGUCACAUUAUCAACAGCUUCAACAUAGCAUCAUCAGGUAUCAUGUUUCACUGAACUGUUUUAAAAAGAGUCUUAUUCAAGCAUGCAGGCUUUUAAGAUGCUGGUGCCGGUAAUUACAGUAAUAAGAAUUAUAUUGUGGAAUGAAUGUAUGACGCAAGGAUGCUGUGCAUGAGUAUAGCGCUAUAACCGGAUCAUGAAUAUUUAAAGGAGCAAGUUGUGUAAACAGUCAUUUCCAAGUGAGCCUGUAAAUUUACCACAGAACGCUGCAGCAAGUUUUUAAAAUGCUUCGUCUGAAUAUUAGUAGCAGAGUAACCUUUUUAGCAUUGAGCUUUUACGUAAUUGUAUUCACAGCCAUAAUCUUUGUUUCAUUUCAUUGCUUUCUACUAAAAUUAAUGCUAAAAGUAGAAGCCUCACAUGCAUGUGUUUUACACGGACAAAACAUUGACAGUUUCAUUUGGAAGUCCACAAAUUAUUAGUCUUUCUCACAGAAACUUGUGGCUUUCUGCAGUCACAGCUCAUCACUACAAGUCCAGUCCAGGAGCAGUUCAUCCAGGGUCUCAUUGGUUAAAAAAAAAAAAAAGCUUCAAGAACCCAUAUUAAAAGUGAACAUGUGCACUUAAGAUGGAGAAAAAAAAAUCAGAUGCACAGUGGUCCACAUGGAAACGGCCAUCCUCAGUGUUCAAUCCUGAAUGGCCAAUGCAAGCCAAUGCAGAGCAACUAAUGUUGGUGCAUAUAUAGUACAUGAGUCCUAUGGUUCCACCUGUCUUCUUUUACUGUGGCUCUUUGAGGACAACAUAAGUCAAUUAGCGAUGUGUGUCAUCAGCUCUCUUGUAAAGCUCAAGGAAGUAUGGAUGCAUUAUGUGAGCCACAAAUAAAAUAAGCUUUCCUGUCGGUGGCUGUCUCAGUGUAC